GUCGGCGGCUGUUGGAACUCACGCUCGCAGCUCCGGCAGGGUCAAGCCGAUCUUCGUCGGAGCCCGAAGCCGAGGACACGGCGUUCCCGUGUUGCAAUGCUUUCACACAUCUCUCCUGCCUCGUGCGCUGCGCGCAACUGCACGGUACAUGCCCCAACUGCCGAGCUGCCAUCGACCACCUCCCGCGGGAGCCUGGAAUCGCUGCGCGAUGCCAAGCGCUGGGGAUCAACAUGCAUGCCGCGAACAUUUCGGCACCCGACACAGCCGUUGCCGUUGUGCGCGACUACGCGAUGCGGACCUUCUCGCGGGCAGAUGCGGUCGAGCCGCGUGAGCCGAUUCACAUCAGGGCUGCAUGCUGCAAUCGCCUCGCAGGGCCGGCGCUCGACUUCGCAGAGCUGCCCGACACCCGCAUGCAUUGGACCCCGCUGCCGCGCCGAGGCACCGAAGGCAUCGAGGCUUGGCUGCCACAAUGGAUGUGCAUGCGGUGCCAGAACGAGCUGCGGCUGGAGCGCAUUUGCGUCCCGGAUCCAACCCCCUCAUGCCCUGUAUGUUUGACGCCGAUGCUCUGGGAGGUCGACUGCGCGAGACGACAAGAAAGGUGGGCCUGCAGCCGCUGCCCUUUUGCGCACUCUGGCAGACCACUGGCGCUGAGGCCCGUCCCACCAUGCCGCUCGCCCGACCUCCCAACCCACGCACCCCCCGCCUUGCCCGCGGCCGACCCUGGCGUGCACAACGCUCUGCAUGCGCCGGUGCCUGCGCCAACCCAGUUCACAACUCUGGGCCCUCCAGCUUUGCCUUUGCGGGACGGCACCAACUCCGCCCUGUACGUUCCUUUGCUGCUCGACGCCGCAGGCAUGCUCUCGGCAGAGGCGCAGCGGGACUGGCGCUCGCGCGCUCCCAUCAACGAGUGGUGGGAUGCCGCCGUCCAGGCUUUGCGGGCACGGGCUUUCAUCCCCGUGCACGAGUUAUCCGCAGCUGUCGAGCAUGUCGCCCAAGCUUUCGCGCCGCCGGUUCUGCACUCGCCCUCGGUUAUGCGGUUCCGGGCCUGGGCCGCAGCGCAGGCCGGAAACGUCACGUCCCUGGCCGAAUUAGUCCGUGUGAUUGCCGUAGCGCCCGAGGGCCACUACAUCGCGGCACCGCUGCAGGAGGCGCUGCUCACCCUUUUGGUCGGCCCCGCGGCUGUCGCCACCCUUGCGCGUCUCAUCGAGGGCCUGCGAGCCCGGCCGGUCGAUGAGCCACCACAAUCGGCCUCUGCUCACGCUGCCGCGCCCGCGGCUAUGCGCUGGCAAGGUGAUGGGCCGGUUGAUGACGCUGCUGCGCCUGCAGCUGUGCGUCAGCAGGGUGAUGCGGCCUUCCGCGCGGGUCUGCAAUCGCUUGACGCCAUUGAUCUCGCAGCCACACUGUGCAGACGCGUCCUCACACUACAGACUGUGCCGGUGCAAGUCCGCAGCACCUUGCGUAUUGCCUUCCGCGCCGGGCUCCAACUCAUCGCGGACGCAAGCUCCGCCGACUCGGAGUUGCGCGGCUGGAAACUCUUUUACCUCGCCACCCGCAUGCUGUUGCACCGUGCCCCCGGCGAAACUCGCGUUCCUGCCACCGAGCUGGACCGACGAUGCGAGCUUUUCCGCCGAGGUGACUGGCCCUGCUUGCUCGCU